UACCGGGAGGAGCCGCUCAUGAAAACGAGCUGCAUGCAGCACAGCAGAGGCCUCCACAAGCAACUUUCCCUGCAAACAUGAUGUCCUACUUGAAGCAACCCCCCUACACGGUUAACGGUCUCAGCUUAUCCACGCCUGGAGUGGACCUGCUGCACCCUUCUGUGGGCUACCAAGCCACACCUCGCAAGCAGAGGCGCGAGAGGACCACCUUCACUCGGGCUCAACUGGACGUUCUUGAGAACCUGUUCACCAAGACCAGAUACCCAGACAUCUUCAUGAGGGAGGAGGUGGCCCUGAAGAUCAACCUGCCUGAAUCCAGAGUCCAGGUAUGGUUCAAAAACAGAAGAGCCAAACAUCGUCAGCAGGCCCAGCAGACCCAAAGCGGCGUGCAGAGCAAGCCGGUGAGCAGCAGGCCGGUGAAAAAGAAAGCCUCCCCGGUGCGGGAGGCCAGCUCGGACAGCGCUGCCAGUGGCCAGUUCACGCCGCCCUGCAGCACCUCUCUCCCGGCUGUUAGCAGCAGCGCGGCGCCGGUGUCCAUCUGGAGCCCGGCCUCCAUCUCGCCUCUAUCGGAUCCGAUGUCCACGUCCUCGGCUUCCUCCUGCAUGCAGCGCUCCUACCCCAUGACCUACAGCCAGGCGUCGGGCUACAACCAGGGCUACUCCUCGUCCUACUUCACCGGCAUGGACUGCGGCUCCUACUUGUCGCCGAUGCACGCCCACCACCACCAGUUGUCCGCGGCGAGUUCCGCAAUGAGUCCGAUGGGCGGCGGCGGCGGUGGAGGUGGAGGCGGCGUGAGCAGCCACUUGAGCCCGGCGUCAUCGCUCUCCUCGUCCGCGUACGGCGCAGCAGGGCUCGGUUACGGAGGCACGGCGGACUGCCUGGACUAUAAGGAGCAGUCGGCGUCCUCGUGGAAGCUCAACUUCAACGCGGACUGUUUGGAUUACAAAGACCAGGCGGCGUGGAAGUUCCAGGUGUUGUGACGCUUCGUCUCCCCGCAGCCAGGCCGCGGAGGAGCGGGCCUCGGCGGCCUGAGACUCUCUUCUACCUCGGGUGAGCAGAGCAGGACUGGUCGCCCCCCACUUUUUUGAGCAUUCGCACUCCAAUUUUGGUCAAGGACAUGGAAGAUGCAAGAAAAAAAGAGACAAAGAGCAGGAGCUUUUUUGGGGGGGUCAAGUUUGAUUUUCUCGUCUUUUUGGGGAAUAAAGCUGGCACAUGAAUGUGUGUGUGACCUCUGACAUGGAUGCACUACUUUUAAUUUAUGAGAAAUAUGUCUAAGACUAGUUAUAAAAGACAAUCACUUCCCCCUAUUUUUGCUGUCCCUUUUAAUGUCUUUUUUAUGUUAUUUUACAUUUUUCUUAUCAUUUUUUGUACACACACAGCUGUGUUUUUUUAUUUACCGAUAUCCUUUCCCUGUCUGUGCUAAAUUAUUCUACAGUUCUACAUUAUACAGUUGCCAAGGGACUAUGCAGGUAAAAUCAAGCAAGCUGUAUGAAAAAGGACACACUUCAUCAUAAUAAUGAUAAUAAUAAAGAAUC